AUGCCGACUCAUGUCAUUUUAUACCCUGCAUUUGCAGUUCUCCUUCCUGUCUCCGUAAUACCUCCUUGUUUCACAAUCAUUGCUCCUUAUUCUCUGGGCCUUAACCUUAUUGCAAGUUCCCUUACUUCUACCUGGUUUGCCAAGGGGCAAGCAAAGUUGGCAUCUAGCUCUUGCCCUAAUGACCACAACCCUCCUUCUGUGUCGCUUUAUAUGAGAGCCAUCAAAGGGGAUGAAAUUGUUAAAGAGAACCAUAAGUUCCCCGGAGUCUACUGUCUUGUUGAUAACAUCAAUGAACCUCCCGAGUACAAUAUCCUUCCAGUAGCAGGCUCUCGCCUGGCAAAACCCGUAUGUGCGGGUUCCAAAGGAUCCCCAACCAUACCAAAGGCCAAGUUCUCUUCUGCCCUUGCUAGCAUGAAAGGUCACAAGUGCUUUUGG